ACGGGCCACAGGCCAAGGGCAGUGGUCAGGCCUCCUCUGGCCGCGAGCUCCGCGGGCUCGGCCUCAGCCGAUGGUCCUCACGCCUGAAGCGGGCGGGAAGCCGGCGCCGGGAUGGAUUUCGGGUCCUUGGAGACGGUGGUGGCCAACUCUGCCUUCAUCGCCGCCCGGGGCAGCUUCGACGGGAGCAGCGCCCCGUCCUCCCGGGACAAGAAGUACCUGUCCAGGCUCAAGCUGCCCCCGCUGUCCAAGUGCGAGGCCCUGCGCGACAGCCUGGCGCUGGAGUUCGAGAGCGUGUGCUCGGAGCAGCCCAUCGGCAAGCGGCUCUUCCAGCAGUUCCUGCAGGCGGACGGGAGGCACCUGCCGGCGCUGGAGCUCUGGAGAGACAUCGAGGACUAUGACACUGCCGACGACGACCUCCGGCCCCAGAAGGCCCAGGCCAUCCUGGCCGACUACCUGGACCCCAAGGCCAAGCUCUUCUGCGGCUUCCUGGACGAGGGCACGGUGGCGCGGGUCCGGGAGGGGCCCUCGGCCAGCCAGGACGGGCUGUUCCAGCCCCUGCUGCAGGCCACCCUGGUGCACCUGAGCCAGGCGCCCUUCCAGGAGUUCCUGGGCAGCCUGCACUUCCUGCGCUUCCUGCAGUGGAAGUGGCUGGAGGCCCGGCCCCUGGGUGAAGACUGGUUCCUGGACUUCAGGGUCCUGGGCAAGGGGGGCUUCGGGGAGGUGUCGGCCUGCCAGAUGAAGGCCACCGGCAAGAUGUACGCCUGCAAGAAGCUCAACAAGAAGCGGCUGAAGAAGAGGAAAGGGUACCAGGGUGCCAUGGUGGAGAAGAAGAUUCUAGCAAAAGUGCACAGCAGGUUCAUAGUCUCUCUGGCCUACGCCUUUGAGACCAGAACAGACCUCUGCCUGGUGAUGACCAUCAUGAAUGGAGGGGACCUCAGGUACCACAUCUACAACGUGGACGAGGAGAACCCCGGCUUUCCCGAGCCCCGCGCGGUCUUCUACACGGCGCAGAUCGUGUGUGGCCUGGAGCACCUGCACCAGCGGGGGAUCGUCUACCGCGACCUCAAGCCCGAGAACGUGCUGCUGGACAACGACGGUAACGUGCGGAUCUCUGACUUGGGGCUGGCGGUGGAGCUGGCGGACGGGCAGACCAAAACCAAAGGCUACGCGGGGACCCCAGGUUUCAUGGCCCCCGAGCUCCUGCGGGGCGAGGAGUACGGCUUCUCCGUGGACUACUUCGCCCUGGGCGUUACCCUGUAUGAGAUGAUCGCAGCCAGAGGACCCUUCCGAGCCCGAGGAGAGAAGGUGGAGAACAAGGAGCUCAAACAGCGCAUCCUCUCGGAGGCCGUCAAGUUCCCGGAGAAGUUCAGCCCGCCCAGCAAGGACCUCUGCGAGGCGCUGCUGCAGAAGGACCCGGAGGCGCGUCUGGGCUUCAGAGACCAGAGCUGCGACGGGCUCCGCGCCCACCCGCUCUUCAAAGACCUUAACUGGAGACAGCUGGAGGCUGGGAUGCUGGUCCCGCCCUUCAUCCCGGACUCCAGGACCGUGUACGCCAAGAACAUCCAGGACGUCGGUGCCUUCUCCACAGUCAAAGGCGUGGUCUUCGACAAGACGGACGCGGAGUUCUUCCAGGAGUUCGCCACCGGCAACUGCCCCAUCCCCUGGCAGGAGGAGAUGAUCGAAACCGGCGUCUUCGGGGAGCUGAACGUGUGGCGCGAGGACGGGCAGAUGCCGGACGACAUGAAGGGCGUCUCUGCGGGGCCGGCGGCGUCCCCGUCCAAGUCAGGGAUGUGCCUGGUGUCCUAGGCGCGGCGGCGGCGGCGGCCCCUGGACGGCGAGGGGCCCCGCCUGGGG